AUGAUUCUCAAUUUUAUCCUAGACUCUUCGUCUUUUGAAAAGGGACUGGGAAACAUCACAAUAUGGUCGCAGCUGGAGAACGCUGAUUUGACCAUCAAUGCGUACAUUCCGUUGUACACGAUCCAGGAACUGGAUUUCCAGCGGUUCAAGCGCAAGUCGGUGGUCGCGAAGCGUUCGCUAUACUUUAUCGACCAAUUGAAGGAGACCCGUAGUUUCAAGUUGCACAUUGAGUACCCGGAAUUGAACGAGGCCAUCUCAUGGAACGAGACUUUGAAAUUGUGCGAGCAGAACGCGGCGUCCACCAUGUCUGCGCAGCAGAUUUCAGCGUUGCCGGUGCGGUUCAAGAAGCUGCUCAAGAGCUGCUAUUACAAGUGCCAUUAUAUGCGUGAGAAGGAGGAACACGGCGAUAGCCAAGACCCAGAAGAAAAGGGAUGGGUGCUUGUGACCGAGGACGACACAGUGAGGGACCUAGCCCAGCAGUUCAAGAUCCCCUUCAUAUCUGUCGUGGAGGCAGACGCUAUCAUAAACGCGUGCAUCAAGGACAAGUCGUACGUUGUUAACAAGAAGUUCUCGAAGCACGUGAUCAAAAAAGCCAACCAGGUUAAAGAGCAAGAGGACGGGUCGAAGGUGUUUGUUACUAAUUUCAACGACGACUUCUUGGCCCCAAGGGCCAAAAGCGGUACUUUGUGGACCCCCAAGUCUAGAUAA